CUACUUUUUGAGUCAUGACGGGAAAAGUGUUUGCGCUACUCUUUAGUCUCCAAGGAGCUGGAUAUGCUGCAAGCUCCUCGGACGCCCCUCUCUUUGCUUACGAAAAGAAACAAUUGACCGACAGUGCCCUCGCAAGCUUCUCGCCUGAACAGCAGAAGCUCUUCGGAUUCGAUGCCAGUGCUGUUAAUUCUAGCGCGUUCCAAAGGAGCGGAGCAUGCAAAGUCUUUCCAGGUGAUAAUAAAUGGCCUCCUAAGAGCACAUGGGAAACGUUUAAUGAAAUAAUCGAUGGAGCACUGAUCCCAACGGUGCCGGUUGCGGCACCAUGCUACCAGAGUUGGGGAGUGUACGAUGGUGCAAAGUGUGCUGCGCUCGAGAAGAAUUUCACCGACCCGUACUUGCAUGAAGCGGAUCCGACGUCCAACAUGUGGCCACUCUACCAGGGACGGACGUGUCUUCCCCAUAACAGCACGAACAACACCUGCACCCUUGGAUCAUAUCCAACAUAUGUUGCCAAUGUCUCCACCGUUGGUCAGAUACAACUCGCGUUAAACUUUGCACGCAACACCAACAUUCGUUUAGUCAUCAAGAAUACCGGGCAUUGCUAUCUCGGCAAGUCACUAGGUGCUGGAGCAUUGAGCGUGUGGACGCACAAUCUGAAGAACAUUGAGUUCAUCGAGGACUACAAGAGUGAUUCCGGGUACAAAGGCAGUGUCUUCAAGGUCGCAGCUGGAGUCACUGUUCGAGAAAUCUAUCAAGCGGCGCACAAAUACAACGUUACAGUCACUGGCGGUAUCUGCGAAAGCGUCGGCUUCGCAGGAGGAUAUGUCACUGGCGGAGGGCAUACACCUAUGAGCGGAUACUACGGAAUGGCAGCCGACAAUAUAGAGGCACUGCAGGUGGUGACUGCAGAUGGUCGAUUUGUUACAACAUCCAACACUUCCAAUGCCGACCUCUUCUGGGCGCUUCGAGGUGGUGGGGGCAGCACCUUCGGCAUUGUCACAUCAGUUAUCGUACGCGCUCAUCCUAGAAUGCCUAUCGUUACUUCGACGUUCUCAUACGAGACAGGAGGUAAUGUCACGAAAGAGGUCUUUUGGGAAGGCACGCGCAAGUUUUGGGAGAUGUUCCCUACUCUCGCUGACGCACACACAUACUCCUAUUUCUGGAUUUGGCCACAGCCUAAUGAUGGCUUACAGUUCCAGAUGAUGCCUUUCUGGGCGCCAGGAUAUACUGUAGAAUCCUUCAACGCCUUGAUAGCGCCGUGGUUUGAUCACCUACGUAAGCUCGGCAUCCAGUUCACGCCCAGAACUACGCUUCACGAUUCCUUUUACCCGGCGUACCACCAGAGUUGGGGCAAUGAGACAGUUGGCAGGUCGACAACCUUGCCCGGUAACCGCAUCUUCCCCCGCGGUAACUGGGAAGAUCCAGUAAAGUUUGAGCGCAUGUUCGCUGCCAUUAAGAACCAUAGCAUGAGUGGCCGCGCAGUAGGCGGCUACCACCAAGCCCCGCAGAAUCGUCUGAAUGUCGACAACGCAGUAUCUUCCGCCUUUCGACACACACUCUCUUUCCUCAUCGGCGCUGCGCCCGUAGAAGGCGGGGAUGACGCAACGCAAGCCCAGCUUCAGGCUGCCGCUCACGACCUCACGAAUAACGUUUUAAAGCCGUGGCGCGAUGUGUCGCCGGAGAGCGAGUUUGGCGGGAGCUAUUUGAACGAAGCGAAUGUGGCUGAGCCGGGCUGGCAGGAAAGCUUCUAUGGAAUACAGUAUCCCAGGCUAUUAGAACUGAAGAAGAAGUGGGAUCCAAAGAGCGUGUUUUAUGCGACCACCGCGGUGGGAAGUGAGGAAUGGGAGGUUAGAGACGGGGACUGGGGAACACAGACGCAGAAUGGGAGAUUGUGUCGCGUGUAGCCCUUCCUGCUGGGCUUCUGAUCAAAUUGAGC